GAGCCAGGAGAGAGUCAACUUGAUGUCUUCAAAAGCCAUCCCUUUCAGUGGAACUUAUACCUUUGUGUCCUAGAAAUAUCAUAAUUCUUUGACAUUCUCAUCUGGCUUAAAGAUUGUCCUGGAUUUGAUCCUCAUUGCUCAUGUUUUCCUCCGGCAUGUCUUGUGUGGCAGACUUCUUCACCUAUGAAACCACUAAAUCUGUAGUGGUGAAGAGUUGGACCAUUGGCGUGAUCAACCGAGCUGUCCAGUUGCUCAUCAUUUCCUACUUCAUUGGUUGGGUGUUCCUGCAUGAGAAGGCCUAUCAAAUAAGGGACACCUCCAUUGAGUCCUCUGUAGUGACAAAAGUGAAGGGUUUUGGCAAAUACAGCAACCGUGUGAUGGACACCGCAGAUUAUGUUACACCUCCGCAGGGAACAUCAGUCUUUGUUAUCAUCACCAAACUCAUUGUGACAGAAAACCAGGUACAAGGCUUCUGCCCAGAGAAUCAAUAUGAAUACAAAUGUAAAUCAAACAACGAUUGCAAGAGGCCUGUCCCCACCACAGGAGGAGGGAUCCUGACAGGUCGGUGUGUUAAUUACAAUGCCACUUUCCGGACCUGUGAAAUCCAGGGCUGGUGCCCAGCAGAGGUGGACAAUGUUGCUGUGCCAGUCAUGCUAGAGGCAGAAAACUUCACCCUCUUUAUUAAGAACAGUAUACGCUUUCCACUGUUCAACUUUGAAAAAGGCAAUCUCCUUCCUAACCUCACAACUGAACACAUUCAGAAAUGCCGAUUUCACCCAGAAAAGCAGCCGUUCUGCCCAAUCUUGCGUCUUGGGGACAUCGUGAAAUUUGCGGGCCAAAACUUUUCAUCAUUGGCUAUGACGGGUGGAAUAAUUGGGAUCAAGAUUGGAUGGGUUUGUGACCUGGACCAUUCUGAGGAGCACUGCAUCCCCCGCUAUUCCUUUAAUCGACUCGACAGUGUCUCUGAAAAGAGCAAAGUGUCUAGAGGUUACAAUUUCAGGUAUGCCAAGUACUACAAGCGAGAGAAUGGCACAGAGUUCCGCACACUGAUGAAGGCAUAUGGCAUUCGCUUUGAUGUUCUGGUAUAUGGCAAUGCUGGGAAGUUCAACAUCAUCCCAACCCUCAUCAAUACUGUGGCAGCCUUCACAUCUGUUGGGGUGGGGACAGUUCUCUGUGACAUCAUUCUCCUCAACUUCUUGAAAGGAGCAGAUCAAUAUAAGGCAAAGAAGUUUGAAGAGGUAUCAGAGAAAGUGUUGCGAUCAGAUACUUCCAUCAAUCCUGUUUAUCAGAGUAACCAGACGAUGGAGGGCCGUUAUGAGGAAAAGCAUUCAACGGAUUCUGGAGCUUUCUCACUUGGGCUCUGAUGCAUAAGGAACCAGAGAAAGGACUGUAAUAAUGUAUAUAUAUUGUUCUUCAUUAUCAUGGGUACCACUUUGCACAAUAGCCUUCAGUCAGAAACUGGAGUGUAGCUGCAGGUGGAAGAGGAGAAAAAAAUGAUGGUAUUGCUCUCCAAAUAAGAAUGCAAUUGUUAUUUCACUUUUCAAAUUUCUAAACUUACAGAAACUUAAAAUUUCAGCUAAAUAUUUAAGCAUACUUUUAGGUUGCCAGAGAAAAGGAGCAGGCAAAAUCAUGAAGGAACAGUAAAUGCAGGAAAUAUUACAGCUCUAACUGCAAACAGUUUUCAGCUUUCACACUCUGCAAAGCUAUAACUAAGGGAA